AUGUCUAGAAGCUUCUACUUCGUGAUUGUCAGCCACCAUGACAACCCAGUGUUUGAAAUGGAGUUUCUACCACCCGGAAAAGCAGAAUCCAAAGACGACCAUCGUCAUCUAAACCAUUUCAUAGCUCAUGCUGCCCUUGAUCUGGUGGAUGAGAAUAUGUGGCUGUCAAACAACAUGUACUUGAAAACGGUUGACAAGUUCAAUGAGUGGUUCAUCUUAGCAUUUGUUUCUGCGGGUCAUAUGAGAUUUAUUAUGCUUCAUGAUGUAAGACAAAAAGAUGGGCUAAAGAACUUCUUCACUGAUGUCUAUGAACUAUACAUCAAGUUUGCAAUGAAUCCGUUUUACGAACCCAAUUCUCCUAUUCGAUCCAGUGCAUUUGACAGGAAAGUUCAGUUUCUCGGGAAGAAACCCCUCUUAAGCUAA